AUGGCACCCAGAAAGCGUGCGCGGACUAGCACCCAAACCGCUGCAACACCAACUCCUGCGCGAGACGAUGAUGCGAUGGAUGUCGAUACUCCCCAGACCGGUGAUCAAGAGGGCUCUAGCGAAACAAGGGAGCAGGAGCCAGACAACAACUACAAUGACCUAUGGACCGACGACCAGGUAGCUUCAUUGUUCAAGGGUGUCAUUCGUUGGAAACCAGCCGGCAUGCACAGACAUUUCCGAAUGAUAGCGAUCUCGGAACACCUACGGAAUCACGGCUUCGACCCUGAUCUAUACCAACACACGCGCAUUCCCUACAUAUGGCAGAAGCUUAGGACGUACUACAACCUGGAAGUCAUUGAUGAACGAGAGAACUUCGACGAAGAUGAUACCGAAGAUAGGUACAACGAGUUUUCUCUUCCGAAGGACCAGUUCCUCGACGCGAUGAUGGAGCGCCGCUUGGCCGAUCCUAGCGAAGCACCAACAUCACCUGCGCAAUUGGAUCUAUCACCACCACCCUCGCCAGCCAAGAAACGCAAGAGAGGAGAGACAAAGACUCGAGGCACCUCAGUGGAGGACACAGAGGACGGUACGGACGCCCCGUCACCGGCGCCCAAGUCGAAGCGAGGCUCCUCGCGGCAGAAAAAGAAGGCCACGCCUGCCAAGGCCGAAAAGCAAGAAAAGGCCGAGACUACAGAGGAAGAGGACGAUGACGAGUCCGAAGAAGAAGAGGAGGAAGAGGAAAGCGAAGGCUCAGGAUCUAGCGACGAAGAGGAAAGUGCCGAGGAAAGCGGAACGCAAGUGUCCAAGUCGACUCGCGGCGCCAAGAAGAGCCAGAAGCCUACAACGACGAAAGCGAAGGCACGACCAAAAAGAAGACGCUGA